AUGAUCGACAUGAUCAAGGACGCCGGGUUCCAGGUACUCGUGGUUAAACGGUCGAAACUCGCGUCGAACAUCGAGAAAUUCUCGCGGCUAAUAAACUCGUGUAGCGUGCUGCUCGGCGCCCACGGCGCCGGGCUCACGAACGAGAUAUUCCUGCCCACGGGAGCCGUGAUGAUCCAAGUGGAACUUCUCAGCACCGAGUGGGCUUCCAACACGUACUACGGCGACACGGCCCGAGCCAUGGGCGUGCGUUACUUGCGCUACCGGAUCGACCGCGACGAGAGCUCGCUGGUUAAGCUGUACGGCCGCAACAGCUCGGUCGUAACCGAUCCGGGAUCGGUGUUCAUACAACGUGGUCUCAUACCAGCGAGAAUUAUAUAUCUUGAUCAACAGAAUGUAAGAAUCAAUCUAGCUCGAUUUAGGGAGACGAUCGUUGAAGCGCUUAGUAUUGUUACGGAUUCAUUUGCUAGAUAA